GUUUGGUGACUCAAUAACCAGUGCUAUUUUUAAACAAAUAGGUAAUCCUAAAACAUUUCUAAAAUGUUGCAACACUUGUGUUAUCUUUUUUCCUGUAUGCCAUUGACAUACUGCUGGUCAUCUGCUGGACCAUUUCCAGUCGUCUUGACCAAGUCUUGUCAUCGGAUCAAAAAAGGCCAGGACGAGAGAGUGAGGCUGAUGAAAUAAGCAAAUCUUCCUCAUUUCAGACAGUACACAGUUCAAGUCAAGGCUAUUACUCAAAUCGAAAAUUGUCUUUGUCAAAAAUAAUUGUUGGUUUUUUUUCGUUUUAAAACUUCAUUCUAGCUACCGCUAACGUAAUCACGAUCUAAUUUCGUGACUAAUCCACAAUAACUGGAUAUAAUAGAUGCUAAAAAUUCAUAAUUUAAUAACUGAGUAUUUUUCUAAAAAAAUGUAACUUUGAAAAUUAUCUGUUCCUGAAUUACACAAAAAAAGCCACUUAAUAUAGAAAAGAGAAACGUAUUGCCUUAAUCUUCGGAAUGCUAUCGAUCCCAUUUAAUGAAUUUAAAUUGCUAUUCUUAUCGACAGAAGUUUGAAGAAAGAAAAAAAACAUGUCCUCCUCGAAGCUUCUUGCUCUGCUGCUCGCCUGUCAGCUGUGUGGCCUCGUCCUCUGCGGGGCUGCCAUUACUGAAGAGGCGGAACUAUCCGAGAAGGAAAUUGACGAGGCUGUGGUCACUGAAGUGGAACGGGCUCUGGAUACUCUUGACGCCGUAUGUUGAAUUCGUAUGAUUUUGUGUGUGUGUCUGAUUUUGGUUAUAUUAAGCGUAUUCUAGGGCAUUCAAUGGCAUUCAAUGGCAUUCAAUGGCAUUCAAUGGCAUUCAAUGGCAUUCAAUGGCAUUCAAUGGCAUUCAAGGGCAUUCAAUGGCAAAUACACCAAAAACUAUAAUUCAAAAAAAAAAUUUAAAAAAAACAACAACAAAACACACAAAAUCAAAUCAAACUCUGUCACAGUAAGAUUACGUGGUGUUACUGUGCUGUGUCACAUCGUGAUGUUCGGGAAAUUAUGUGGGUGAGCCAGGGUAUUUUUCCCUUUUAUAUAUAUCCGUUUAAUCGCAAAUUAUACUCCUCCACAUAUGACCGCGGCCGAGCGUUGAUUAAAUCCUUUGUUGUUAAAAGAUGUGAACUUUUUUUUGUGAGCGUCGGUGAGGAUUAUCUACUUUAUAGAAGACUGAAGAUUAUCUACUUUAUAGAAGACUGAAGAUUAUCUACUUUAUAGAAGACUGAAGAUCAUCUACUUUAUAGAAGAUUGAAGAGUAUCUACUUUAUAGAAGACUGAAGAUUAUCUUUAACAGGAGAGACACAUUAUUUUAUUUGCUUGGAGAGAAUCUGAAUUAUUUUCCUGGGACCGGGUAUUAGAUUUUUUUUUUUUUUGUUGAAGCGUAGUGCAUCUAAAUAUUUAUGACAUGGGAUUUAAAUUUUAAUUUAUUUUUUGUCUGCAUCGAAACAUGUUUUUAUCGGGAACGUUAGUAACGGCUUGUUGGACAUUUUGAGGACUGAAUGUCACAACGUAUACUGAUAAAUAAAGUAAUUUCAGAUUUUAACCUACUCUUGAUUAUUCGACUGCAUUCUACACAUCAGCUUUGUAACAAGGGUUAGAAGGCAGCUGCAAAGUUUUAGAGUCUUCACUGUUUUAAAAGGCCAAACGGCGGGGACCUACUGUAGACAAAGCAGGGAACAUACUCCAAGACAAUGGAGGGGACCUACUCCAAGACAAAGGAGGGUGACCUACUCCCAGACAACUUAGGGGACCUACUCCCAGAUAACUUAGGAGACCUACUCCCAGACAAAUUAGGGGACCUACUUCCAGACAAAGGGGGUGGGCCUACUCCCAGUCAACUUAUGGUACAUACUGACAGACAACGUAGGGGACGUACUCCAAGACAACUUAGGGGACCUACUCGCUGACAACUUAGGGGACCAACUCCCAGACAACUUAGCGGACCUAGUCCUAGACAACUUAGGGGACCUACUUCCAGGCAACUUAUGGUGCAUACUGCCAGACAACGUAGGGGACGUACUUCCAGGCGACGUAGGGUACCUAAAUCUAGACAACGUACCACUCGCCACGAACAUUAAAAAAACAAGGAAGACCUUAAGUAUCUAUUGAUAAUCCGAACGGAAUAGAUUUCUAUUUGACGCCUCCUUGAGCAACCACGAAAGACGCACCAUGGACAAAAUAGUGUAUUGAUUCUCCACACGUGAGGUCACUUUUGAACUUAUGGAUGUUUGGAAAUAUCAAAAUACAUUUACAUAUCCUAGACAAUUCAGAAAGACUCUGGACAACUGAGACAUUGCUAGACAAUUGAAACAGUUGCUUGACAAGUAAGACAGUUCCUAGACAAUAGAGACAGCUCCCAGACCAUUGAAUUUUUUUUUGAGAAAUUUGACCUACUUCAAUUUUUGGAAGAAAGCCCCACCCACUAAAAUCUCAAAGUGCCUACCGAAAGUAUUCCACCGUUCGUUAUGUAGCAUAGACCGCGAGAAUUGAACAGAACUUUUACAUUUUCACAGUACGGGGAUGAAAGAGAAUUGUGACAACCACAGCAACAACAAUUUCCAUAUUUAACAAUAAAACUGGACCACAAAAUAAUAAUAAGUAAAGCCACUCACUUACUAUGUUUUGAAAAUUACAUUUUAAAUGCGAAAAAUCUAAGGGGGUAAAUAUCCUUAUAAGGAUCGUAAAACAUAUGAGCGAUGCGUCAUAACGAAGGGGGUGGGGGGGCGACCUACCUAUUUUAACUAUUAACAGUGUUACGUCAAGUUGAAAUAUCAUGUCCUAUGUUGUUAGGUUAAUGUGAAACAUGUUCUAUUACAAAAACAAUGUGUUUCACUACGCUGUGAGUAUUCAUAGUAAAUACAGUGUGUUCAUAUUAUGUUUUAGACAUAGCCUACAUUAAGUUUGAAAAAAAAAAUAGUCUUAAGCUUCGAAAUCUUAUCUUAUCUUUUUUUUUUUUUUUUUUUUUUUUUUUUUUUUUAAUUAAACUCCCUUUUUUUUUUUUUUUUUUUUUUUUUGUUAUCUUUUAAAUUAACCUCGCUUUUAUUCGUGGCUGGCUGGGUGGUGGUGGACUGGCUGUUAAAUUUCUUUUCACAAUGUUAGAAUUGUUUCAUUCCUUCCAGUUGUUCAAAGGCGAGAAGCGGGCACCGAACUUAUACAGGCGUGGCUGGCUCUCCGACACCUGGGGAAAUUUCAAGAACAGUGCCAAACAAUUCUGGGAUCAGAACAAGCAGCAGAUUAUAUCGACAGGCAUAAGUUGGUUUUUUGGAAGGAAACGAGACGCGCUGGACAGUUACUUGGCCCUCAGGCGCUCAGCUGUCGAAAGCCUGGUGCAAGCGCGGGAUGUUGGAUCGAUGACACGGUCGACUGAUGGCGCUAAGAGAUCUCUGGACAUUAUAAGUAAUUUUCUGACAGCGGUAGAUUCAGCUUAGAGUGAACUACGCUACAAAAGGAAAUGAAUCAGCUAUAACAAGAUUAGGAGAUCAUCACAACAGUUUAAAAGAAUACCCAGCCUAUCAAUGUAUUUUUUGUGUGUUUUUUUUUUUUUUUUUUUUUUUUGUGUUGUAAUUCAGACAAGCAUUAUACAGUGUAGUAAACAAUUAAAAAACUUCAAUGAAAAUAAAAUUGCCAAUCAUGUGAAAAACUUUAAAUUCAUUCAGGUGCUUUUUAAAAAUAAUUUAUAUUAACUUCGCUUUUUUUUUUCCUAGUGUGUUUUUCUCUGGCUGGGUAUGUGAAAAGCCUUGGGAAGGCUAAUUAAACCACUUCCCGUCAGCCUAUCGAGCUGAAAUUUUGCGCAAAGACUCUUAGCCAAUAAAAGCACAUUCUAUCAAAUUUUCCGCCUCACCUUACCCGCCACAAAUUAGUUUUUCCUCUUUUUUUUCAAAGGGGAAGAUGACUCAAAUAUCAUACCCCUGAUUUCACGAUUACUGCACUAAAUGAGAUUCUCAAAAAUUAUCGCAAGUGCGUUUGGUGCGUCCUAUUUUUUUCGUUUCUUUGAAAUAGUUGGUGAAACAGAUAUUUUUUUAUUUUUUUUUGAAAAAGUGGGUUGGUCAUUAGAAUAUUAAUAUAGUUCAGGGGCGCCCAGAAAUGUGCGGUUCCGGGCCUUAUAGGGGGGGGGCGGAAGGG